UAUCUUCUUCCACAUAUAUAUCCUUCCUCUAUGCUUGGUGCCUACAGAACAAAAUGAAAUUUUAGAUGUAAAGCCCAAAGGAGACCACCUUACUUGGGAGGAUAUACAGAAGAUGAAGCACUCUUGGAGUGUUGCUAGUGACGUGUUGAGGAUAUCGACGCCAGGGUUUGGGGGGUUUAGAGAGGCUAUUACUGAUUUCACCUAUGAAGGGUUCACAGUACCAAAAGGCUCCAAGAUUUUCUGGACUUUUGAUGCCACACACAAGAAUCCAAAAUACUUUCUGGACCCUGAAAGGUUUGAGGCAUCAAGGUUUCAAGGAAACGGUCCAGCUCCUUAUGCAUUUGUGCCAUUCGGGGGAGGACCACGCAUGUGUCCUGCAAAUGAGUAUGCUCGGGUGGUGAUACUUGUUUUUAUGCACAAUGUGGUGACAAGGUUUAGAUGGGAGAAACUGAUUCCGGGUGAGAAUAUGAUAUAUUACCCUGCUCCAAGGCCAGCUCGAGGGCUUCCAGUCAUUCUACAUCCUAACAAGCCUUGAAUUCUCCUGUUCAUUUUUGUUUCUUUGUUAAUACUUACUGGAGGUAAACUGAAAUCUUCCUGUCCUGUAAGUCAAAAUAAUGCAGGAAGUGUUUGGUUCAUAUUCCGAAAUCAAAAUCAGAAUCAUAUAUAAAUCAUUACUGUAUAAAAAGUAUCAUGAGUUUUGGUA